AGAAGAAGGAGCAGAAACGCUUUAGGCGUAACAUCAUUACUACAAGGGCAGCUCAGGCUAAUUGAGCUCAACCGGCGUUACGUUUAUUGUCAUAGUAAAUCACCAGGUCCCACCAUGCGAAGUGAGUAUCUCCUCUUGAUACCCACGCUGCUGCUCCUCCUGGCCUUUCCCGUCUCCAGGGGGCGCUACAAUGAUGACUUUGACGAUGGCGAGGACCUGGCAGACUUUGAUGACAAUGACUUUGCUGAGUUUGAGGACAUGAACGACGACCUAGCAGCUGAGGCGGAAACUGCCCCUCCGCCACGAGCCAACCCUUCCAUGCAACCCGAAGAGGACGAGGAUGAAGACGAGGCCACUGUUGAGCUGGAGGACGGCCAGGACGGCUUUGAGGACCCAGACACUCAGGAUCAAGACAUGUUCAGCAAAUAUGACCAGGAGGAGUUUGAGGGGUUUGGAGACAUGGAGAAAACAGGUCACUCCAUGAAGGACCCCCUUAUAAUCCACACAGUUCCUGCACAUCUGCAGAACAGCUGGGAGAGUUACUACAUGGAGAUCCUGAUGGUGACCGGCCUCUUGGCCUACAUCAUGAACUACAUCAUUGGCAAGAACAAGAACAGCCGCCUCGCUCAGGCCUGGUUCAACUCGCACAGAGAACUUUUAGAGAGCAACUUUGCACUAGUUGGUGAUGACGGCACCAGUAAAGAAGCAGUGAGCACUGGGAAGCUGAAUCAGGAGAAUGAACACAUCUACAACCUGUGGUGCUCUGGACGUGUGUGCUGUGAAGGCAUGCUGAUCCAGCUCAAGUUCCUGAAGAGGCAGGAUCUGCUCAACGUUCUGGCCAGGAUGAUGAGGCCCGCCUGUGAUCAAGUGCAAAUCAAAGUGACUCUUAAUGACGAGGACAUGGACACUUUUGUGUUUGCUGUGGGCACCAAGAAGGCCAUGGCGCGGCUGCAGAAGGAGAUGCAGGACUUGAGUGAGUUCUGCGGUGACAAGCCCAAGUCCGGGGCCAAGUUUGGACUCCCAGACUCCCUGACUAUUCUAAGUGAGAUGGGCGAGGUCACAGAUGGCGUGAUGGACAACAAGAUGGUACAUUAUAUCACCAAUCAUGCUGACAAGAUUGAGUCCAUCCAUUUCUCGGACCAAUUUUCUGGUCCAAAAGUUAUGCAAGAGGAGGGUCAGCCCUUAAAGCUGCCUGAGACCAAGAAGACGCUGCUGUUUACAUUUAAUGUGCCUGGCAUGGGCAACACCUCUCCCAAAGACAUGGACGCUCUGCUCCCUCUCAUGAACAUGGUGAUCUACAGCAUCGAUAAAGUCAAGAAACUCCGUCUCAACAGAGAGGGGAAACAGAAAGCUGACAGAAACCGGGCCCGUGUGGAGGAGAACUUCCUGAAGCAGACUCACGCUCAGCGUCAGGAGGCAGCACAGACACGCCGUGAGGAGAAGAAGAGAGCCGAGAAGGAGAGGAUCAUGAAUGAGGAGGAUCCUGAGAGACAGCGUCGUCUGGAGGAAGCUGCCCAGCGACGUGAGCAGAAGAAGAUUGAGAAGAAGCAGAUGAAGAUGAAGCAGAUCAAAGUGAAAGCCAUGUGAAAGAACAACGCAGGGACUCGGAUAAAAGCACACAUGCAAACACAGUGCUCAGCUCCGCUCAGACAGUUUUUUUUUUUCUCUCCUCCAAGCUUCUCACCUCAACCACAGCUCUGGCUCACAGUCGCUCCAGCUCUAAACAGACAUCCUGUGCCUCUGGGUCUGUCAAGCUUAGCUGUUUUGCCGUCACCACCUGCUCCAUUUGGUGUGGCUCAACUUUAAUGACUGAGUGAACUGUCCAUGUCAAGGGAGAAAGCCUUUUUUUUUUUUUUUUUUUUUUUUUUUUUUUCCCACCGUUAAAUCUGUCACUACAGUUCACGCCAAGAUUUUUGUCUUUUGUUUUGUUUUUUUUUCUUUUUUCAGUCCAACUGUCUUUAAUCAAAGAUCUGUUUGAAAGCUGUAUCAACUCAGUGAGCUUUUUAGACUUAAUCUGCUGGGAAAGAACACGUUAUUUGAUGGCAUUGUGCCACAUUUAAAAAAAAAAAAGGAAUGAAAUGCAUUGCUGUGAUUUCAUUGGAAAUUUAUUAGCAUUAAUAUAAUCUUAAAGGAUCCUAUCAAUAAAAUUUUAAUUUAUAUCUGCCAUGAGAUUGGUUUCUUGCAGGCUGUUUCUAAUAAAUUCUGAGCAAACAUAAUAAAAAUGCACUGGAGUCUGUUGGAAAA